AUGCACUGUGGAAGGACAACCCUGCCUUUGCCCCAAAGACCUUCUCCUCCAUUCCUGGAAAAGAUUACAGCUGGUGCCCUCCAUGCACUAACAGAGCCUAAACACAAACAGACCUCUUACCCUACUGGUAAGCAGGUUGCCUCUCAUCCUGCAAAUUCCAGUGCCACCACAGAUGAUUCCAUGGUGUACUCACAAGCAAAGGGGAAAGAGAGGGCUUCAAAUUUUGAACCCAAUGAUGCCCCUCAUCCUACUGCCUCCCAAACUCUUUCCAAUACCAACCCUAACCUUGAUAAUAUGGACGCUGAUCUCAAUGAUAUGGAUGCCAACAAUUCACUUAACAAAGGUGUGCCCCCUGCUACCUUUAUUUGGGCCCACAACCCUCCAUAUAACCCUACAUACAAUGAUCCUGACCCUGCACUUGAGGAGUGUGACCCCAGAAAUUGGGAUGAUGGCACUGAGGAGUUGGAGAUGGAGGUGGAUAAUGAGGAACAGGAUAACACUCAGCAUCCAAGCAAUAAAUACUCACACCAAAGGUCCCUCUCACUAUUCCACAUCUUCAAGCCAACAAAUCACACCUCACAGUAUCAUUGUCAUGAAGUGGCCUUCACUGGCAAGUCUCAUGUUACUCAUGCCAUGGAGCAUGGCUCCCCUCAUGCAAAAAAGCCAGCAUCUAUGGUGUCCUCAUCAGUGAAUACCCCCAGCUCAUCUGCAUGGACAUUUGCUUCAUUAUCCUGCAUGGUAUCACAAGACUUGCAGACCUUGCUCAGACCUGGCUGGAAAAAGACUGCACACAAGUGCAGCCUUUCAGAGCAUGUUCAAUUGGGAACAUCAGAUGUGCUUGACCAAGUGGGGUCUCUCACUGACAAUAUGAGCUAUAUCUACUCUGCAAAGCAAUUUGCCUCUGAGUACAAAAUUGCCAAGGUCAAUGCACUCUGCCAUGAAUACGAUAUACAAUUCCAAUGGGAGCAGGGUGUAAUCGAGCACAGUAAAGCUGAUUCAGUGCACCAGCGGUCACAGGAGGCAAAGACACUCAAGCUUUGUCUUCUUGAAGCCCUAGGCCAAAGUUUAGUCAGAGAAGGUGGUGGCCCUUUGCCUCAAAAUUGA